CCGUAGUCAGCGGCUAGGUUGUCACGGCCGCGCCCGUGCUAUCGCGUCAAAGCUUUCCGCAUUAAAGCUGCAGCAAUUGUAGUCAACAUUUAUUAUUAUACCCUUAAUGGGUUAAAAUGCUCUUUAAUUAAAUAUAGUUUAGGGUCCUAAGUGUAAACAGGGUCACAGGUUUUGACACAUGUGGCAGAACGGUAUAAAGUUCGAUUCCGCUUGGCACAAGCCAGGGUAAUUCGGUGUUUCGGAGUUCUUUGUGCGUCGAAAUGAUACGAGGUUGUGUUGUGAUGUGACGCGGGUACAGCGGGCGACAUGCGGCGCGCACAUCGCGGGGCGGCCGCGGCCGGCCUGGCCGCGCUAACUGCGCUCGCGACCUUACUGCUCUCUUGUCCAUCGACCUCCGCUGACCCGGACGUCUCUACUACUACGGAAUUCGAUUCUUCUAAACGCGGCACGAAGAUGUACGGGGACUCGUGCACGUCAAUAGACGAGUGCGGUUUCCAGCAUUCCAUCUGCGACGGAGAGAACUGCCGCUGCGACCCCACCAUGCCCAUCUCAAACGACUUUGAUAAAUGUGCAAAAGCUGCUGGCAUCAACGAAUCGUGUACAUUCAACCAGCAAUGCGAGGCGGCGGUGAUCAAGACGACCUGCCGCAACGAGCGCUGCGUCUGCAUGUACGAAAUGGUACCAGAGGUUACCGUCGGUGGCGCUAUCAUAUGUAAAUCCCAAAAGCAAGUAGAGGAAUCCACGCAGACUCUCGACCCGGCAAUGAUUGGUGUUCUCGUUGGCAUGGCUCUCAUGUUUGUGAUCAUCUGCGUUGUUCUUCGUCUGUUCAGCAGGGCCAGAUGGAGGGAGAACCGAACCAUCUUCAACACGCCCAACCCUCGGCUGAUGAAUGUAUCUUUGCUACGCGACUCCAAACUUCUUCAUGCUCAGGAUCGUCGUGGUUCCCGCGUCAGCAUGCGGCCCCCGUCACGCCAGGCAAGCCAACAGGAGCUAAGACCGCAUUCGCCAAGUCCUGCACGCCAUCACCAAAGCCAUCAGCUACACCGAAAACCCUCAGGAUCUCGGCGUGGGUCCAGGGCGAGUAGUGGACAUUCAGCAUCAUCGUUGAGGUCGGCAACACUUCGAUCGCCAACUGCUACCGGCCCAACAUCUGUUACAGUGGAAAUCCGAGUACCAGAUGCAUAAAUAACCUACAUUCUGCAAUUCAAACAUGCAGUAAUUA